CCAGACUUCCAGUGUGAGAUGCUGCUGUAUGUUAACGUCAUGAUGCUGCUCUUCCUGCAGCCGGCUCCGUCCAGCCCAGCGCCGCUGACCACCCCGUCCAGAGGGUGUCCCACCUGUACAUCAAAUCCCCCACAGAGUCAGCCGUCUGUAGAUUUAAACACCACCUCUCUGGCCGUUGGAGAACCAUGCGGGGUCUACACUCUGAGCUGUGGCCACGGUCUACGUUGUGCACCUCCAGAUGAUGAGCCGAGGCCCCUCCGAGCCCUGCUGGAAGGCAGGGGAGUCUGCAGCAACGGCAGCAGCAUCGGCCCCACUGAAAAUACCAACCUGGCAGAUCCAGCACCUACUGAGAAUCCAGAUGAGGCUCCAUGUCGUAAACUGCUAACUACACUGAUCAAAGGUCUUGAUGCCCAUUUAUUUGACUCACAUCAUGACAUCUACAUGCCCAACUGUGACAAGCAUGGCUUCUUCAGAAAGAAGCAGUGCUGGUCGUCUCGAGGUAAGCGGCGUGGCGAGUGCUGGUGUGUGGAUCAGAACGGCAUGCCGGUCUCCUCAAACACUAAAGAGAAGGGCGGCCUGAGCUGCUAAGCCUGGACUGAAGCAGAGCAGGCUGAAGCUUCAUUGCCGCUAUGAGAUAAAGAUGAAGGAACGCCAAACAAGAGUGUAAAGGAGCUCAGCACAGUCUCACAUUUCAUUCUCCACCAGCCAGAAGCAGCUCUCCACCAAUGAGAAGCUGCUUCAGAAUCAGGUGUACCUUUGUCUCCUUGCGCCCUCUACUGAACAGAUUAGGAGUGUAUUAAUUAGACACUCCUUUCAUAUUCUUGCAUUAGGUGUAGAUGUCACAUUGUGUCACAUUAAGUAGAGAUAAUUGUACUAACCUGAACUGUCUCUUGCCCAUUAACCAACCAAAUAACACUAAUGUUUCACACCAUCAACCAUUUUUCAGGGACAAUAUGAUUUGGAUCAAUGUAUCAUAUUUAUAUGUAUAUUUUCAGUAUUCUAUUUUACCUUGAAACCACUGUAAGUGUAUUACUGUAAUUGCUGUACAUAAUCUGUAAUCCUAUUUAUGCUACUUUGAAUAUGAUAACCUAUUUAUGAUAAUAUUGAUGGUCAUUUGGAUAAGUAAUUUAUCAUUGGUUGCCCCUGAGAGCAGACAACUGUAUUAUUUUAAAAACCUUAAUUUCUCAUGUAGAAUUAGAUGGAGGCGGGGGGGAAUCUGCCUUUUAAACAAUAAGACGAGGUGGAAGGUUAAGACUGACACUG